CUCCCUCUCUGCACAACUUUACUAAGUAGGGCCAAUAGGAACAAAGAAGAGGCGGCCCGUAGCUCCACCUCUCCCUCAGCUUUUUACAUGUACAUAAUCCCUGAGUUGACCCAGAAAACAGGCAGUCGUUUCAAGAUCUGAUGCGGCAGUCUUUGUGCAGCGUCCCUGCCGGAGCAUGAAGCGCAACCCCGGUGAAGACGCACUGUAACCCGGAGGAGCCUCGCCUCGAAUCACCCUCUGGAACACUACCACGUCCACGGAGCGGAGUCGCGGAACUUUGUCCACACCAGAGCGGAUCCAGGAAGGGAGACAUGGCGGACCACCUCAUGAUGCCCAUGAACCACGGGCAGCCCGGGGGCGGUCUCCACGGCUACCGGAUGGGCAUGAACGGCGGCGGGCACCAGCAGCACGCGGGCCCCCAGCAGCAGGCCCUGAGGGCCAUGCCCAACGGCCCCAUGAUGCACUACGGGGGGGCGCCCACCCAGGCCAGCAUGGAGGCGGCCAUGAGGCAGCGGCAGCAGGCUAUGGGGGCGCCGGGGCAGAUGGGGCACCACCCCAUGGCCUCGGCGGCCAUGAUGUACUCUCAGCAGCAGCAGCAGCACCCACAACAACAACAACAACAACAGCACCCUCAGCAGCACCACAUGCACCCGCAGCAGCACCCACAACAACAACAACAACAGCAAGCGCCACACCCACAACAAACACAGCACCCCCACCCGCACCCGCACCCCCACCCCCACCACCAACAACAACAACAACAACAACAGCAGCAACAACAACAACAACAGCAGCAGCAGCCCCAGCAGCAGCAGCAGUUUGUGAACGGGGGGGGCGGGCUCACGUCCCAGCAGCUCAUGGCGAGCAUGCAGCUGCAGAAACUGAACACGCAGUACCACGGGCACCCUCUGGGGCCCAUGGGCGGGGGCCACCCGGGCCCCGGGGCCCCCUACCGCAUGAGCCCCGCCCAGCUGGCCAGCAUGCAGCACAUGGCGGGGCCGGCGGCGCUGGCGCUGAACGGCAUGGACGCCGACAUGAUCGACGAGGAGGUGCUGACGGCGCUGGUGAUGGAGCUGGGCCUGGACCGCGUGCAGGAGCUGCCCGAGCUCUUCCUCGGACAGAACGAGUUCGACUUCCUGGCGGACUUUGUGAGCAAACAGCAGCCGAGCACGGUGAGCUGCUGAGGACGAAGAGGAGGAGGAGGAGGAGGGAGGCGGUGGACGCCACCGCCGCCGCCGCCGCGCCACGGGCGAUGACCGGGAACUUUACGAGCGGGAGAAGGAUGGUUCCGAGGCCGGGGAUUGGGCGAGGCUUGUCCGCGUGACGGCUGAUUGGAGGGGUUUGGGCGGCGCGUUGGGUUUUUGCCCGGGUGUCGGUCGGGGGCGUGGCGUUCGUACCUGGG